GGUCAAGUGUGCUGCUCCUCGACCAUGGCAACAGUACAAGAAACUCUCGAGCAAAUCAACAGCUCGCUCCAUUCGGCGGGUGGUCAUUACCGGGGAUACUCCUGCAAAACGGUGUCCUGGGAUGACGUUCAACGAGGGACAACUGGGAACAGUUUGUCGUGUUGGGGUUCAAACAUUACGGAUACUCGUCUUUGGGCCAAAGAUGGAAGAUUGAUGUUUACUGUCCGCAGUGACAACUGGAAUGAGCGCCUUGGUAAGGUUUCGGCAGAUGAGGUCGCUGUCGUUGCCGGUAGUGACGAGACGCUGCGGCCGUUGACUCUCAAGGAGGUCCUGCGAGAUCUUGCCACCUUCGGCUUUAGUCCGGAUCUUCCUGAGAAAGGCCUGUACGACAAGGCACUCGAUCAGAAGAUAUCAAUCCGUUUUCAAACCACCUUUCUUCCAGUAGACGAUCAUCCCACCGCCAGCAUUGAGUUUGCCCCCGAAGCAUACAACUACAACACUCGUUCCGACGCUCAGCCUCGGAACUUGAUUCUGCUGUGUACAACACAAGGCCUGGCCAUCCAACAGGACGGAGCCGGAGCCAAAAAGUUGUUUCAUCACUCCAAAUUACCCAACGGGAGGAUUGGCCGCUAUUGGUUAGAAGCUGAACGAAGCCGUCAUAUCGUGGGUGGGGCUCAGAAGGAGACUCAGGAAGAACGGAUAGACGCAUUGAAACGAGGAAAAGCCACCGCAUCCGUCAUUGGAGUCCGAGGUAUGAAGACUCGCUUCAAUGCACUCAUGACGAUCCAGGUACCACUGCUCCAGGAGACAACCGAAGUCCGUACUCUUGCAAAGGAACCCAGUUGCAAAGUGAAGCAAUCAAGUGCCGCUGGGUGGACGUGGUGGCAGCGCUGGAUGGGCGCUGCCACUAAGAAUAACAACCCCAAAUUGAUCCCUCAACAGGGAGCAGCCUCGACGAUCGAAAACUUGCAAACUGCUAUCAAGAAACAAGAAAACAGAGAAGCUCAUGUCCUCAAGAAAAUUGACCAAGUUGGUGCGGAAGCCAAGACAAAGAUGGCGCAGGGGGAUAAAAAGGGAGCAUUGUUUGCCAUGAAACGCAAGAAAAUGUACCAACACGAAUUUGACAAGAUUCAGAAUACCAGGAUGACACUGGAGACUCAACUCAUCAACUUUCAGAGUGCAACACAAAACAAAGCCACCUUUGAUGCCAUGAAAUCAGGGAGUACAACGAUGAAGAAGAUACGAUGUGAAGUGGGACUAGAAAAGGUGGAUGGGAUCAUGGAUGAGAUGAAGGAAGAAAUGGAACUAAAACAUGAGGUCAACCUGGCCAUGCCUGAUCCUCUCCUUGCAGAUGAGGACGAACUUUUGGCUGAACUGGAAGGUUUGGAAACAGCUGUCUUGGAAGCAGAGUCCACGAGUCCGACAUCCCCCAUCCAAACAAUGACGGUCAAGCUCCCAGCGCUCGAAGCAGCUGAAAAAGAUGAACUUGCUGCACUGGAGGCUGAGCUCGCUGGGUUAGGUACAACUAAUGGCGAUAUUGAACCUACAACUCCAGGAAGUGGAUCAUGCUCAAACCUGCCAAAGGCAAAGAUUGGUUCCUCCCAUGCUGCCCGAGUGUCCAAAGGUUCUUUGGUUGAUACCAAAGCAGAGGACAGUGUGUUGUCCAUCGACAAACCACGUAGGCACCCACAAGAACACAUUACCGUCACGGUCGUGAUGUACUAUGUGUGCAGUGGUGGUGUUCCUUCUGCCAAAGACGUGAAGGCAGCUGUGGAUGAUCUCGAAGACCUGUACCAUUCAGUGCAAGCUUCUGGCCGUUUGCUGGACGACACCUUUGAUUUUAUGAAAGCGGAGCUCGAUGUGAAGGAUAUGAAUGGCAUCAACGAGAAGCUUUUCAGCCAGCCUCCACUGUCUCCCGCUCCCCUUCAUUGGGAUACGUUUCCUUCUUCCCACUAACUACACCUGUACCGGUAGACCUGAGCGGCCGCGGUGGUUUGGUAGUUUGGAGGAAAUUUGGGAACAUUUUUAUAUAAGUUAGCAUUCUAAUUCGACCAGGAGAAGAGAACAGAAGGAGUAGAUUUGACCAUGGGACUAUCAGUGUCCUUUUAGGCGGGGCACGGGACCACAUUGGCCUCCCAGUGCCGAUAUGUGAUAUCCUCUUCCCGGGUUGUUUGGAGAUACUGGUACUUGUGGACUGCCAUUGAUUUAGGUGCAGCGAUUGGUUCACUUCGAAAGGAUCCUACCCUCGUGGGAAUGAUCAGCAUUUGAUACUAGUUUGGCAGCAAGACCCUAUCCAAUGAUCCGAUUGCUGCCAAGAACACAGAAACACUUCCGAUACGUACGGUAGUGGUAGUGGUUUGGCCGACUACGGACCAUGCACAAGGAGCAACCAGCCAGCAGUACCCCUCUCUUGCUUUAGCUCAGGAAAUAGCAAGCUCAGUUGCCGGCAGGCGGCCAUCAGACCAGUCUCCAUGCAAGGACUUGCGUUGAUGGUCGCUUUUGAUCUUUGGGGGAGGCGUGAUAGAGCCCGAGUCAUUAGACUCUAGUGCAAGAACACACAGGCUAACUGUUUGUGUACAAACAUUGGUACAAAUGCCUCCGGGGUUUUGAGUCCCACCGCACUUGUCUAUUUGGACACCGUCAUUGCCAAAGACGGCUGCAUCAUGGACUUGGAUCUCAAUUGCUAUUUGGUUGGUGGGGAUGUUUUGAAUGUGGAGGAUGUGGAUUUUCUCUUUUUUGUUCAUGUCAUUAGCAUCCGCCACACUUCCCAUACCCUCAGGAAUCAUCAGUACAGCACAUCCAACUGAGCGACUUUUUCGAUGCAACUGUAUCCAUCAAUCUAAACAUCCUUGGUCCCAUCUUUGUUGUCCACAAACCUGCAACAGAAAACACCCGGAGUCACAGUAAAAGAGCUCCCAAUGAAAAAGUUCCCCAUCGGCAGGAGCUGGUCUGUCAUUGCAAAACCCAGUAGUUUGUUUUGUGAACGAAGCAAACAGGACAAGGAAAAUGGUCUUGGACUUCAUGAAGCGUUGUUGGUUGAUUGCUUGUAGACUGGUUGGAUUUCAACUCGAGCAGCUUGAGUUUGGGUUUUUAGGCUUGGUUUGAAAAGAAGAAUGAAGAGACUUUAUGUUUCGAUUGUCAGAGCAACCGAGCUUGUACGACUUGAACAACCAACCGCCAUGUGCACAGCAACAACACCAUGGCAGGAACUCUUCCUGUGUACUUUCUUCCUGGAUGCGUUCUUGCAGGAUUAUUCAUUCCCAGGAGGUUGCUGGAAGAUGGCAAACAUUCAGUCCCAGUUGGCGUGCGCCCAGUGUUUCGUGGGAGUCAUGUUGGUUUCUCCCGUGCGUGCAGCCCUCCUCCUCUGAAACCCAUCCUCACACCAUAGUCCCAAACCCCAAGUUACCUUCUCCAUUCUAUUUUCUCCUUGUAGCUUUUUACAGCUGGUGGUUUUUUAUUUGUCAGAUCUACCUUGUUCAAAGCAAAAUUCAAUAGGUGGGUCUGUUACCAUGGCUUUGCCAAUUUGCUGAAAAGCCACCAUCUACCUGGGUGAAAAAUUGGUCCUUUCACUUUAUUCACAAAGAAUGUUUUAACUAGCCCCGUGGCAACCCCUUUCAUUAUGUUGUGAGGAAAACCUCGUGGAUGGGUUCACCCUUUACACUUGGUACCCACAGCAAAGGGUGUUGCUGCAGCCACUGGUUAAAAAACUUUGGACUUGAAAGGUGCGUUGCUGCACACACUAGAGCCUCAUUGGUUGUAACAGCUGACAACACAAAGUGCUUCUAAGAAGUGUUACCGGCAGUUUAGUCUACAGGACAUGGAUCACAGUCACAUCCACAGAGCAGAGUUCCCUGGCAUAUUGGAGUUUCACUCUUUUUGUUAUACUGCCGUCCACCAAAGCUCGCCGGUAUUUGCUGGUGCAUUUUGCCACACAGGUUUCAGGAAUGCUACCCAAUAAGGAUGUGUUUGUGACUACAAAGCUUGCCAAGUUUUCCAACAGAAGCAGUUCUGUAGGAAGUGUGCCAGAAAGGUUGGUAUUCUGUAGUUCCAGCUCCUUCAGGCUUGACAGUAGGCCAACUUCGGUUGGGACUGUGCCAGAGAACUGAUUGUCCCGGAGGGAUAAAUAUCGCAGCUAGGUGAGCUGUGUAAAGAAACCCAAUGGGAGCUUGCCCUCUAGAUUGUUGGAACCAAGAAAUAAAUAAGCCAUAUCUGAAAGGAUAAACAAAACGGGAGUGAGUUGUCCUCAACAAAAUGCAGCGGACUGGAAGAAGAAGUAUGUUUAAGGACUCACUUGUCAAUUUGAAUAACAUCUGUGGAAAAGUCCCAGAAAUGGAAUUAUUUUCCGGGUUCAAUCUAUUCUAAAAACAAGUGCACUUCCUCUUACGAGUGACGAGUCCAAUGGAGGCAAUGAUAUUUUUGUGGUGUUGUUGCCUUGUAUUACUCACCAACAAUGCCAAAUCCCGACGACAAGUGAUUAGACGAAGCCUUAUAGUAGUCAGUAAGCUUGUAAAUGAGUCCGUUAUUAACAAUGCCAAAUCCCCAAAGUUGCUUGGUACUGUGUCAGAUAUAUUCCA